AUGAUUUGGCAAAACGUCACGUCCACAAAGGAAUUUGUCCUUUUAGGGUUGUCUAGUGACCCCCAGACCCAAGUUGCAAUUUUUGUCAUCUUUCUGCUAUUCUAUUUCAUAACACUGACUGGAAAUUGCCUCAUCAUCUUUGUUACAAUUACUAGACGAAACCUUCAAACUCCAAUGUAUUUUUUUCUCACUAAUCUCUCUUUUCUGGACAUCUUUUAUUCAUCUACUAACAUCCCUAGGGCACUGAAAGAUCUGAUGUCGAUGACAAAGAUAAUAACAUUUGGGGAAUGCGCUUUACAAAUGUACACUGCUCUUUCUCUGGCCAUAACAGAAUGUUUUCUGCUAGCGGUAAUGGCUUAUGAUCGCUACAUAGCUGUAUGUUAUCCGUUGCAUUACACUACAAUUGUGAAUGGCUCUGUUUGUAUAAAGGCAGCAGUAUUUACCUGGGUAUGUGGAUUCCUUUUGUCGACGAUACAAACAGCAACGACUUUGAAUGUGCCUCUAUGCGGACAUUAUUUAAUUAACCAUUUCUUCUGUGAAGGGCCGGGUUUUUUGUCACUUGGGUGUGCUGAUACAUUUGUCAAUGAGGUUGUGACAUUCAUACUUUGUGUGUUGAUUCUAAUGAUACCAUUCUCUUUUAUUUUUCUGUCUUAUACCAGAAUCAUCCUUAUAAUCGUUAAAAUGACUUCCUCUGUUGGUAGGAAAAAAACAUUCUCCACCUGUGCAUCUCAUAUAACUGGUGUGACAUUAUAUUUUGGAACAUGCAUUGCAAUGUAUAUGAAGCCUAGAUCACUAUUUUCACCAGACAGAGAUAAAAUUAUUGCUAUUUUUUAUGUUGUAAUUACACCCAUGCUGAAUCCAUUAAUCUAUACGCUCCGGAAUAAAGAGAUUAAAUCCGCUUUAAAGAAUCAACAGGCACCACCCCUAAAUAAUUCCUCCCAAAGUGAACCACAAGACCGACGGGGAGCCCAACAAUCUAGACAACUGCACCAGCUCUGGGAGAAGAUGCAACCACCGCAUCCCACGCCUCCCGAACCACUGCACCUCAGCCACCAGAAAACCCCAACCGCUCCCCCUUCGGUAAGUGAUGACAGCCCGGAUGAACCAGAAGCAGACAAAAAGCCGUCUCGAUAUCCCUUUUCUCCAUCAGUGCGCCACGACCAGCUGCCCGAACCAUCCUAA